AUGGCCUAUUUUAACGUUUUAGACUUGCCUCAUCAUCAAAUAGACCUCAUUCAUUCCAUGCACUCCUUCCAUCUGCUUGUAAAUAUCUUCACUCAGAUCUUGAUAGCCAAUCGUAGCGAGAUUGCAUGUCGGGUUAUGAGGACCGCCCACAAAAUGGGCAUCCAAUCAGUGGCUGUGUACAGUGAUGCUGAUAGAAGUUCACUUUUUGUACAGGAAGCAGAUGAGGCGUAUCACAUUGGUGGGGCAGCGUCCCUCGACAGCUACCUGAAAAUGGACAAGGUCAUCCAAGUUGCCAAAAGGUCAGGGGCUCAGGCGAUCCAUCCAGGAUAUGGCUUCCUGUCGGAGAGCAUGGAAUUUGCGGAACUCUGCCAGAAAGAGGGCCUCAUCUUUAUUGGACCUCCCUCUUCUGCCAUCAGAGAUAUGGGUAUCAAGAGGUGGGUGGGUGGGUUGGUUUUGAAGAGAGGGAUGCACCGGAUUCAGGUUUUUCAAAUUCGACCGGGACCGGACUUGGCCGGAUUUAAAAUUCAAAAACCGGCCGGGGCCGGAUUUAACACGUCAAAGCACAUCAUGUCAUCGGCUGGAGUGCCAAUCAUCGAAGGGUACCACGGUGACGACCAAUCAGAGGAGAGAUUGUUGAAGGAGGCGGAGCGAAUCGGGUUCCCUGUCAUGAUCAAAGCUGUCAGAGGUGGCGGAGGAAAGGGCAUGAGGAUAGCCCUGAACGGUCAAGAGUUCUUGCCCCAACUUGAAUCUGCCCGAAACGAGGCCUACAAAGCCUACAAAGACACCGUUGUUCUCAUUGAAAAAUAUGUCCAGUGUCCGAGACACGUUGAGGUUCAGAUCUUUGGCGACAUGCACGACAACUACGUGUACCUGUUCGAGAGGGACUGCAGCGUCCAGAGGAGGCAUCAGAAGGUCAUCGAGGAAGCUCCUGCUCCACACAUAUCAGAAGCGACCCGCAAGCGACUCGGUGAAGCUGCUUGCAGAGCUGCCAGGGCUGUUAAAUACGUUGGAGCUGGAACUGUGGAGUUCAUUAUGGAUCGUGAAGAAAAUUUUUAUUUCAUGGAGAUGAACACGAGAUUACAAGUUGAACAUCCGGUCACUGAGAUGGUCACGGGGACUGAUCUUGUCCAAUGGCAGAUUAUGUCCUCAUCAUCGUCAUCAUCACCACCAUCAUCAUCAUCUUCUUCAUCACCAGAUGAGUUCUCGCCGUUCGUAAUGAUACAGGGGGUGAGGAUGAACCACGAGAACACGAGAAGGAUCGUUCUUAAUGACGGGGUUAAAGACAUUCAGAUGAGCGUAACCUUCAAAGGCGACGAUAAUUACGAGGUCAAGUUCAAUGACUUGACCUACAAAGCUCGAGCCUCAUUAGACGAAAGCCGACCUAAUAAAAUUGUACUCGAGUUUUCACUGGAUGGAUACGUGUCUAGGAGUAACGCUGUCAUGAACAAAGAUGUGCUGCACUUCUUCAGCAAUAGCGGCAGCCACCAGAUGAAGUUAGUGGCCCCAUUAUUCGUGGCAGCAAGCAACGCGACCUCGUCGGAGGCCACCGGCCACUCUGGUGCCAGGUCGCCCAUGCCAGGUGUGGUGGACAAGAUAUUUGUGAGGGGCGGUCAGAGGGUGGAAGAGGGCCAGCCUGUUGCCGUCAUCAUCGCCAUGAAGAUGGAGUACGUGAUAAGAGCCCCGAAGACAGGUGUAGUAGAAGAGGUUAUUUUCCAAGUAGGAGACACUGUCAAGAAGAACGCUGAACUGGUGCAUAUCAAGGAGGAGUGA